AUGGGCUUACUCUCCCUUACCUAUCUGGACUUGUCAUGCAAUAAGAUUCAAGUGAUUGAGAGAAAUGUGUUUGAGGCUGCCUCGUUCCUGCAGAUUAUAAAUCUCAGUGGCAACGGCAUGGAACAGAUCACUGAAGGAACGUUCCGGGCCCGGCAUGGCAUGCAGUUUUUGCUUAAGGUGGAUCUCAGCCACAACCCACUGGCAGUCCUUCAGGAUUCCUCUUUUUACAGUCUGCCUUUGCUGAAGCUCCUAGACCUAAGUGCCACUGAAGUGACGCCAAGGAUUUUGGAAGACCUGCUGCAGACCUCCCAGCAGUUGAGAAUGCUCAUCUUGCCUAAGAAGAGGUCCUGCUGUCUUUGCCGUAUGAAGGAAGACAUUGAGGUUUUAUACAAGACUGUCAAAAGAAACCACCCUGCAGAAGAUGGGAAAUCUGAAAUCUCAGCCACUGACGUGGAACUCUCCUUAAAUGAGCUCUUGCCUGAUAUAACUCUGUCUCGCGGGACACACUGGGAACAUCAGAGGACUUCUGCUUCUCCCCCACUGGACUUCUUGGCACCUCAAGAUGACUCCUUGCUUCAGGGUGUCCUCUUUGAAAUUGAGCUGAAUAAGAAGUUGACUUCCCCCAUCCUGAAUGCACCAGUGAGGAAACUCGUCUCCCACGUGAUCCGCAUCCUGAAAAUGGAUUGCAUGGCUCCCACAAUCCAGAUGGCUUGCCCUAAACUAGUUUCCAGAACAGGCCUCCUCAUGAAACUCUUUAGUGAAAACAUCAAUGAGACCUUCUCCCUAUGGAAGUCAUACUUCUGGCCCCUCAAGGAUGUUCCCAAUAUGACCAAAGCAAGCUCAAGGAAACAGGAGAAACCUUUGGAUGUGAUAGCAAGUCACGGAAUUCCAGGAUAUGGGUAUGGAAACAAGCGUCUGUUGACUAUUGUACUGACCGUCAUUGUCAAGAAUGUUAUUACUAUUAUCUGCCUGACUGAGACCUGGUCUUGGCGUUCUGCAGCCAAAGACAGGACCUUUCUGGGCAGAAGCAAGAAACCCCCUGCUGGAUGA